GUGAGGAGGAGUGCAGGACCGCUGUGCUUUUCUCAUUUUCCUCUGAGCAAUCUCUCCGUCGCGCAUACUUAGGUUUCACUUGGACUUUAGUUUUGUGAAAUUCAAAGUCAGUAUUCUUAUAAGUUAACUUAGGUACAGCUACGUGGCUAAACCCCAAAAUCCUCUGAAUUGAAGCGGAGUGUGGAUUUCACGUGUUUGCGUUUUUCAUCACACCAGACUGGAGAUGAAUCUUCUGAAUUGCUUCUAGCCGCUUGCUAACCCAUGAGAUUAUAACAGUGCUUUCCACACCCUUUUGCAACAAAGAGUAGAAGAUGUCAUGUUAGUUGGAGCGUUACUCAUCGGGAGCACAGACUAACUGCUAAUGGACCAGUCAUUUUAAGGUUGUUUACGUGAGAAGAGGGAAGAGGAAAUGACACAGCACUAGCAAAAAUACAGAAGAGACCAGUGAUAUCAUCUGCUUUAAUUAAGAACAGAUAAACUGGCCUUUUCUGUACUGCAAUGGUGGAGUGAGCGUGCUUGGACACUUGCCCCCUCUGAACAUGCUAGCUCUGAGGCAGAACCAGAGCGGACGAGAGGGUGGGCAGAUUCAUUGUCCUCAAAAGGGGGCCAAAAUGGGGCUUCAGACAGGACGCCCACCGCUACAGGAGCACGGUCUAAACAUCAGGGAAAAGAUCUCGCAGUGGGAAGGACGUAGCCAGCAGAACCAGAAUCAAGACGUGAAACUACAUACACCAGUUGUGUCUCGGGACUACAAUGGCAACGGAGUUUACAAUACAAAGACUAACAUUUCAAAUACAGGCGUGGGAUUGGACUUUCGGGAAGUGAAUUUAAAGCCUACCACAGCUGGAAGGAGGCUGGAUCCCAAUCGAAAAUACUCUACAGAGUUGAUAAUCCUUCAACCAGAAAGCAAAAAUGCAUUAGAAGCCAUUAAAUCAGAAACUUUACCUACACAAACUUAUACAACAAAUGCAAAAAUAUCAUGUGUUUUGGAUAUUGGUAUUGUUUCCAAACCUCUACCUCCAUCGGGAAAUGAGGAAGAAGACGGAAUGCCUGCAGGGAAUUUUUACACUUCUCGAGGAUUCUGGAAAAAACUGGAAGGAGACAGGUUAAUGUGGGAGAAAGGCAAGGGGUCCACAGGUGAGACUCUGGCUCCUCCCAAACCACAGCGCACAUUCCAGUAUGAUGGACCCAAAGACAGCAACAGAGCGCGUGCACAGACGAGUCCCUGCAGACUGGCAAAUCAGAGAGGCAGCCGCAAGCUACGCCCACCUAACUUCCCGCCUCCUCCUUGUCCGGUGUCAAAGACCAAUGGGAUUUCUAGACACAAAAAAAACAGGAAGUCUUUUGAGUACGAGGAUGCGGAACGACUCACGGCCAAGCCGGGCAAGCAGGGAGGAGAAACCAGGAACUCCAACCUAUAUCACGCCUACUCUGAUGACAACAUUUAUGAGGACAUUGUCUGUGAAAUGGAGGUUGACGACCCCUAUGAAGACAUCAAAGUGACUCCCAUGUGUCUUCCCAUUGGCAGGCCUCCACUGCCAAAGCUUCCUCCAAAACCACAAACUCUACAAGCCAAUUCCAAACUGGAAAAGAGGCGAAUGUCUGCCCCACCAACUUCCAAAGCUCUGACCAUCUCUGAAGUCGCUAAAACUCCUCGCCGCUUCAGCACACAGAAGGGCUUACGCACUCCCCAGUACGUCAACAAGAUCGAGACUAUAUUUGACGAGAGGAGAGGGAGAAAGCGGGUGAAGAACCAGGGCAUCCCGCUCCGAGAGGAGACCAGUGGCACAGAAAGUGACCCUGAAGAUGGCUCCAAAGAAGGCUCCAGGAGAUUGGUUUACAAGCAGUCCACUCUGAAGCGCCGGCCUGGGUACCGCACCCUGGAGAGAGACCUCCUCCAGCACCAGCAGCAGCAGCUCUUCCAGAUCUUUGUGGUGGUGUCGCUCAGAAAGGGUCCCCAUGGAAACACCUACACCCCUGAAAUUACACAACAGUUCCCCAAGAUGUUUGACAAGGCAUCGAGGCUGUCUAAGGAGGCAGAGGACCAGCUCAAGGUUAUUCCAAAGUUCUGCUUCCCGGACGUUCAGGACUGGAAACCCUCUGCGCACAUGCCAAGUGAGACCUUCUCCUUUGUUCUGACCGGAGAGGACGGCAGCCGCUGGUUUUGUUACUGCCGGAAGAUUUUGCCUAGUGGUAAAGGCAAGAGGCUGCCUGAGGUGCAUUGUAUCGUCAGCAAGCUGGGCUGUUUCAACCUAUUUGCGAAGAUUUUAGAGGAAGUGGAGAGGCGCAGAGAGCUGUCCAACGCACUGGUCUACCCCUUCAUGCGCAGUGUGAUGGAGGCCCCAUUUCCUGCUCCUGGACGUACUGUCAGCGUGAAGAGCUUCCUCCCCGGAACAGGGAACGAGGUGCUAACCCUAACCCGCCCGGUGGACUCCAGACUGGAGCAUGUGGACUUUGACUGUCUGUUACAGUGUCUGAGUGUGGGCCGACUGCUCCAGGUCUUUGCCUCUCUGCUGCUGGAGAGGAGGGUCAUCUUCAUCGCAGAUAAACUCAGUGUCCUCUCCCACUGUGGUCAUGCGGUGCUUGCCCUCUUGUACCCAUUCACUUGGCAGCACACGUUUGUACCCGUGUUACCGGCUAGUAUGUUGGACAUCAGCUGCUCUCCCACUCCCUUCCUCAUUGGUGUGCUGUCUCCCUGUCUGCCAGAGCUGCUGGAGCUGCCCAUUGAGGAGGUGCUGAUAGUGGAUCUGUGCUCCGACAGGUUUGUGGUUCAGAUUGGUGAUGAAGACUGUAUCCUGCCCAGUAAACUCCAGGCAGCAUUACAACAGGUCCUGGAGGAGAGGGAAGCAAUUUUGAAACAGGACACUAAUGGAGAGCCCCAGGUCGACCUGAGCUCCCUGCUGUCUGAGGCAUUUGUGCGCUUCUUUGUGGAGAUCGUGGGGCACUACCCUCUGCACAUGGUGGAGUCCUCCAACGGCACCAAAGAACUCCAGAGAGAGAAUUUCAGGAAGUCCCACCCGUCCAGAGGAGUGAGGCAGCUCCUGCAACUCUUCAUGGAAACGCAGAUGUUUGCAGGCUUCAUCCAGGACAAGGAGAUGCGCAAAGGAGCAGGGCGAGGUCUUUUUGAAAUGAGGGUGGUAGAGCACCUGGAGUCCUACCCAGAGCCAGCGCCCAGUGGAGUGAACAAGUUCCUCAAAGGGCUGGGAAACAAAAUGAAGCUCCUGCAGAUUAAAUGAAAGAGCUUGAGUGUGGCCAGUUGAAUGAAAUCUGCUGCUGCUGCUGCUGGACCUGCCCUAAUCCAGAGCUGGUCAGCGGAUUCCAGUUUGGAGGUGUGUGAAGCAAAUGCACUUCGGAGAGGACCAAACUUUCUGCGUUCAUGUGGCAUCUUUGUAUUUUUACUGUUUUACAAUGAUGUUCUGUUCGAGAGGUUUCAUCUCAGGCAUUUUUGCAUAAACCACCAUUUUUAAGCAAAAAUGAAAGGAUCAUACUUGUUAGAAUAAACAUAGCUCUGCCUAAUACUGUUUGAUAACUUGAAAGGUAAAAUGGAGUAGUAGGUUAUAAGUUUGUCCUUUCUGUCCUAUAUUUUGUCAUCUUUGUGUCCAUGAAGCAGCCUAUUUGUAGUCUGUCUAAAUCAGUAUUGUCCAGCCUGGUUUGGAUCUGUCUGAAAAUCAGGCCAUGUGUAAUAACUAGCUGUUGCCACUGGCUGGUGCUCCACAGUCCGACUUGCAUAUAUAUAUAUUUUUUACCUAAAUUGUACAGUUUAACUUUAAGAUACAGCAAUUUUUCAAAUUUUACAUUAUUGCUUGUUAUCAAAUCUUAUCUUAUUUUAUAUUUUGUAAUUGUAAAUACUACAUUUAUAUACAUUUCAGUAUUUCUUUUUCCUUUACUUCUGUUUAUUUACUCAACAUUUCAAAGUGCUCACACUCAGUAGUACAAAUGUUCAUUUAAAAAAAUAUUUAAUCCGUCUUCCUGUGGAUGUAAAUAGAGAUUUUACACAUUGCAAAAAAUUGUACAGUAUUUUUAAUAUUUUUGUAAGAAAGCACAAGGACUCUUGUAAAAUUUGUAAAUAAAUUAGGGCCCAAGGACA